AUGGCUUGCGCAAUCCCCCUCACUCACUCCCUCGCGUCGGCUCCCCGCGCCGCCGUCGCCGCCGCGUCUCCCGCCACCGCCAAGCCGAAAUCCGCGUCGCCGCUUCUCGCGGGCAGCGCGGGGCUCCGCUCAUCCCGCGGCCCGAUCUCGUCGGCGGCUGUCAGCGUGUCUAGCGCGGCGCCGUUGACACUAACGGGCGGCGCCUCGGGGCCACCGCGUGUGACUAUGGCGAGCGCGUACAUCUGCCGGGACUGCGGUUACAUCUACAACUCGCGGACACCCUUCGAGAAGCUUCCGGACUCCUACAAGUGCCCAGUGUGCUCCGCCCCCAAGCGCCGCUUCAAGCCGUACGCGGCGCCCGUUGCGCGCAACGCCAACGACCUGGCGGUGCGGAAGGCGCGCAAGGCGGAGCUGCAGGGUGGGGGAGGCGGCGACUCGCUCCCUGUGCUGGUGGCAGGCAUUGUAGCAGUGCUUGCUGGUGUAGCUGUCUACCUUAACUCAGCCUAUUGA